GUCACAUUGGUUUGCGUCUCUCCUUGUUUAAAAUUUUAAAUUAGGAUAGAAAAUCUUUGGACAGUUAUUAUCAUUCUACAGAGUACAGAAUAUUAACAAAAGACUUGAUAUAUAAUUUUUAUUACUAAUUAAUAUACUAGUUGAAAAAAAAUAUAUUAUAGGUUAUUAAGAUUUUCCAACUUCACCGCUUUUUUAUGCUUUAUAAAAAAUGGAGUACGAUAUCAUAACUUAUACCUUGAUAAUAAUUUUGUUUUUAGAAAAUUUAUGGGAAAAUUAUUUGGUUUUUCGACAGAUUAAAGUAUUUCGUAAAAGCACAAAAGUACCGAAUGAACUAAAAGAUGUAAUGAAAGAUGAAACAUUUGAUAAGGCACGAAUUUACGGAUUGGAUAAAGAAUGCUUUCAGCUAUUUCGUUCAAUUAUUCUAGACCUGAUAAUAUUAACAAUAGAAAUAUAUUUUGGUUUUAUAGCAUAUUUAUGGCAAAAAUCGAAAGACUAUACAGCAUUAAUGGGAUUGAGUUCAGAUAAUGAAAUUCACGUUAGUUGCACUUUCAUUAUUGUUACAAAUUUUUUAACAAUUAUAAAAGAAAUGCCAUUCAAAUUGUACAAAACCUUUUCAUUGGAGGAAAGACAUGGUUUUAAUAAACAAACUUUAAAAUUUUUUAUUUGGGAUCAAAUUAAAGCAUUCAUUAUUGGACAAGUAAUAUUUAUACCAAUUGCUGCCGCAAUAGUAUUUAUAGUUAAACUUGGUGGUCCGUAUUUCUUCUUAUGGCUGUGGAUUUUCACUGGAAUUGUUGUCUUUUUGUUAUUAACAAUUUAUCCAUCGGUUAUUGCUCCAUUGUUUGAUAAAUAUCGUCCUUUAGAUGACGGUCCAUUACGUGAAGCAAUUGAAAAAUUAGCUGCGUCAUUGAAAUUUCCAUUAACAAAAAUUUAUGUUGUUGAAGGUUCCAAACGUUCUGCUCAUAGUAAUGCAUAUUUUUAUGGAUUAUUUGGUUCCAAAAGAAUUGUUCUUUUUGAUACACUUUUAAUAAACAAAGGAAUGAAAGAUGAUUCUGAAUUAAAAGAGGAUGAAAAAGGUAGAGGAUGUACUGAUGAUGAAGUAUUAGCUGUACUAGCACAUGAACUUGGUCAUUGGAAAUUGGGUCACGUUACAAAAAAUAUUGUAGUUAUGCAAAUUCAUUUAUUACUAAUGUUUGCAGCUUUUCAAUAUUUAUUUGAAUAUGAUGAAUUCUAUCAAGCCGUUGGUUUUCCAAAAGGAGAACGUCCAGUUUUAGUAGGACUUUUAUUAAUAUUGUCAUAUGUUCUAGGAGCAUAUAAUGCGAUAAUAAGUUUUGCAAUGACUGUACUUUCAAGACGAUUCGAAUAUCAAGCUGAUGAUUUUGCUAAUCAAUUAGGAUUUUCAGACGAACUUGGAGGUGCAUUGAUUAAAUUGAAUAUUGAUAAUUUAGGUUUUCCAGUUUAUGACUGGAUGUAUUCAGCUUGGAACCAUUCCCAUCCAACACUCCUGCAAAGAUUGAAUAGACUCAAAGAAAAUAAAAAAGAGAAAAAAAGUAAUUAAGAAUUGAGAAAUAUUGUAAAACUCAAUGAAAUAAAUAAGAAAGGAAAAUAAGAAAUAGAUUUGACCAAUCAGAAUGAUACACUAAAUACCUAAACAUUCUAUGUAGUUAAUUUAAAAAUGCAAAAAUUUUUGUAUACUUUAGAAAUCAGUUUUUUUUAGAUGCGAUCCAAAUUGUUGUAAAAAAAAAUAUGUGUAUGUUGAAAAUUUAUUUAUUUUUGAAAUUUAUUUGAAUACUUUUGUUUUUUUUUUAAAUUUAAAACAAUUUAGUUUAUAUAACAACAAGCUUAACAUGUACUUAUGUU